CCCCCCCUCCCCGUCCAUAAAAGCGUGCCUAUGGACGUCCUGUCCUUGUCUCUUGUUCUUCCCGACACAGCAGUCUCUCCUUGAUCAGUUCCGCCGUGCUUGGAUUCAUUCACCAUGAAGUUCCUGCCUCUCAUCUUCUCUUCCCUGCCGCUGCUCGCCAGCGCCGGCCUCACCUACAGCGGAGCCGAUAUCUCCUCCCUUCUCAUUGAGGAAGAAUCCGGCAUCAGCUACAAGAACCUCGAUGGCGAGACUCAGGCUCUGGAGACCAUCCUGGCCAACAAUGGCGUCAACGCCGUCCGCCAGCGCGUGUGGGUGAACCCCAGCGAUGGAUCCUACGACCUGGACUACAACCUGAAGCUGGCCAAGCGUGUCAAGGCCGCUGGCAUGAGCAUCUACCUGGACCUCCACCUGAGUGAUACGUGGGCGUCCCCCAGUGCCCAGGCCACCCCCUCCGGCUGGUCGACCACGGACAUCGACACCCUCACCUGGCAACUGUACAACUACACCUUGUCCGUGUGCAACACCUUCGCGGAGAACGACCUUGACGUCGAGAUUGUCUCCAUUGGCAACGAGAUCCGCGCGGGUCUCCUCUGGCCGCUGGGUGAGACCAGCAACUACGACAACAUCGCCAAGCUGCUGCACUCUGGAGCGUGGGGUGUCAAGGACUCCGACCAGACCACGACCCCCAAGAUAAUGAUCCACCUGGACAACGGCUGGGACUGGGACGAGCAGGAGUACUUCUACAACACCGUCCUGGCCACGGGCUCGUUCCUCUCGACGGACUUCGACAUCAUCGGUGUCUCGUACUACCCCUUCUACAGCUCGGACGCCACCCUGUCCGCCCUGACCACCAGUCUGGCCAACUUGCAGUCGACCUACUCCAAGCCCGUGGCCGUCGUGGAGACCGACUGGCCCAUCUCCUGCCCCGACCCGGCAUACGCCUUCCCCUCGGACCUGAGCUCCAUCCCCUUCUCGGCCGCCGGCCAGGAGGAAUUCAUGGAGAAGCUGGCCGCCGUGGUGGAGGACACCACCGACGGUGAGGGCAUCUACUACUGGGAGCCCGCCUGGGUGGACAACGCCGACCUGGGAUCGAGCUGUUCGUCCGUCAUCAUGGUGGACUCCAGCAACGACGAGGUCUUGGAGAGUGUGACCGUCUUUGCCGACAUUUAAACACUUUUUUUUUUUUUUUUUUUCUUCUUU